GAAGCCUCUGGAGGAAAAAGUAUCCCAUCCUUACAGCGCUCGGGAAAGCCUGUCUGAAGUCCAGUCCCUCAGCUCUUUCCAGUCAGAAUCCUGCGAUGACAAUGAGUCUUUCGCUGCACCUGAUCUCACCAAAUCAAAAGGGUAUCACUGGGAUACUUCCGAUUGGAUGCCGAGCGUUCCGCUGCCAGAUAUCCAAGAGUUCCCCAAUUACGAGAUCAUCGAUGAGCAGACCCCCCUCUAUACAGACCCAAGUGCCAUCGAUACGGACUAUUACCCAGGAGGUUACGACAUCGAGAGCGACUUCCCUCCUCCCCCCGAGGAUUUCCCUGCACCCGACGAACUCCCCCCCUUGCCACCAGAAUUCAGCGAUCAGUUCGAAUCAAUACAACCCCCUAAAGACAUGCCUGCCACGCGGAGCUUGAGCUCCUCCACAAAGAGCCGGCAGAGGUUCAACUUCAACCAGUUUCUGCCCAACUUUUACCCCGUAGAUAUGUCUGAACCUCAAAAGACAGCGCACGGAGAGAGCAGUAGUUGUAGAGAACCCUUCACCCCGUACCCUCCGGGGUACAGCAGAGACUUUGAAGCACCCACCGUAGACAACAUGUCCAUGUCUGUGUAUGCUUCGACGGCUUCCUGCUCCGACGUGUCCGCUUGCUGCGAGAUGGAGUCGGAGGUCAUGAUGAGUGACUAUGAGAGCGGAGAGGAUGGCCACUUCGAAGAGGUGACCAUCCCUCCGCUGGAUACACAGCAACACACAGAAGUCUGACACUCACAUUCUGGGGGGAAAAAAAGUGCCUGGACUUUCAAGAAUUUACAUUCUAGACCGAUAUCCUGAAGAUCUUAAUUUUCUUUGCAGCAGAUGCUUGGAUGCUUUGUUUUUCUAGGAGCUAAAACUGGCAUGGCUGCUCUGGAUCAUGCAGCUCAUUUCCACAUGUUACCUGGGUUCCAUUUCCUGACCUACUGUGUGUGAUUGGAUCAACUUAAGAUUUACAUGGGCUGUGCCAUUAAUAAAUGUGUGAUUUUUUUUUAAUUUACUUGAUCUAUGAUAAUAAAAGCAAAAAAAAAUCAGCCAGACCUCAUCACCAUUUUAGCAUGAUUCAUCUAGGUUUCAUUACAUUAACUUUUUCUGUUUUUUUUUCCUUUUGUAAAUUUUAUGUACAGAUUUGUUUUUAAUAAUUUUUAAUUAGAUUUUGUAGAUAUUUUUUUUUUUGCCAGUUCAUUUUCCACUGAAUCUUAGUUAUAUCGUUCUGUUGUUGCCCAGAAUCCUGAUUUUGAUUAUCAGGCUUUUGCUGUUAUGUCCAUUUCCAUUAUGGUACGAGUCUUCAUGGAAACAUUUCACCAUAUUCUUGCAAUACUAGCUGUAUAUAGAAUGAAAAGAGACCUGGUAUUUUCUAGGUCAGACACGGUACAUGGAAAUGUCUUAAAUGGGUUGCUGUAUUUUAGGAUUAAACACAUUUUUCCCUUCUUGGAAAGUGUAAUGGGGACCCUCUGCAUACCUGUUUAGAACCAAAACCACCACGACACAGUUUUUAUAGUGUCUGUAUAUUUGUGAUGCAAUGGUCUUGUAAAGGUUUUUAUUGAAAACUACCAUUAGCCAGUCUUUCUUACUGACAAUAAAUUAUUAAUAAAAUACUUUAACUUUACUGCUUA